AUGCUGCUGCGACGCGCUAUCCCGAUAAUAUGUCUAACCGCCCUUGCGUCGAAUGCUUACCGCCCAGGCGAAGGUGGAAAGCAUGGUGACGACGACGACGACGACACGAUUAGUGGCGGUACCGCCAAUACCACGUCGAGCUCCUCAGAGUUGGCUGGGACAACGGGCGACUCGCACUGUGGUAGUGCGAUGUGCAUUUCGGCUAUCGUCAACGACACUAGUGUCACGUAUAUCCUCCAAAGUACGGGUGAGAGAUCUCUCGGAUGGAUGGCCAUGGGCUUCGGGCGCAGCAUGACCAACUCACCCAUGGUUCUUGCUUGGGCACCUUCGAGUGGCGGUAUUACAAUAUCGCAGAGGAUAGCAACACAGAAAGUAAUGCCUACCGUCGAUUCUUCCCCGCCGAAAGUAGCUACGCUGCAUAAUGGGCUUAGCGUGGCCUCGGGCGACCAGCCUAAAUUUGCCUUCUCAGUUCCAAAAGACGAUACAACCUCACAAUGGGUCAUUUACGCGUUUGGCACCGAUGUUCCAGCUGCAGCCGCAGACGCAUCGAUCAAUCAACACGUCGAAACGGGAACAGCACAGUUAGACCUCACUAAAGCGCUUGAUUCGUCUGGCUCAUCAUCGACGAAUCCCGCGUCUUCGGGUGCUACGAGUGAUAUCCCCUUCACGCCGGUUCAAAGGAUCAUCGUCGUGCACGCAGUAUUCUGUAUCGUCGGAUUCCUGUUGUUCCUUCCCACAGGGGCCCUCUUAGCGAGAUAUCUAAGGACAUUAUGGCCGCAGUGGUUUGAAGCCCACUGGAUUGUUCAAUUGGGCAUCGCUGGCCCAACGAUCGUCGUCGGUGUUGUUUUGGGAAUUUAUGCUGUUCACAAAGCAGGAGGGGUGCACCUCUCAACAACUCAUAGGAAAUGGGGAGUAGCCCUUUUCGCCCUCUACUUCUUCCAAUGUGCUCUCGGUGCUCUCAUCCACUUCGUCAAGCCGAGACCCAAGGCCACUGCUUACGCCGUACAUCCGGCUGCCCGCCGUCCGCUCCAGAAUUAUAUCCACGCAGUUGUCGGACUGUUGACCAUCGGCCUGUCGUUCUAUCAGGUCAGAACCGGAUAUACAACAGAGUGGCCUUUGAGUACUGGCCGAGGAGACGUAAGGAUGGGGGCCAACAUUGUUUGGUAUAUCUGGGUCGUGUUACUCCCAGUGUUGUACAUGUUGGGUCUUGCGCUUUUACCACGCCAAUUCAAGCAGGAAGCUGCAAAUGCCCGCAAUGGCGUCAAAGACGGGGAAGACGAGGAUAGGGAUAGAAUCAACGCGCCUAUCCAGACAAGAUACCGAGACGCGUUUUGA